GGCGCCCGCCCCGCUCCCGGCCCGACUGCGAGGAGGCGGCGGCGGCGCAGGAGGAUGUACUUGGUGGCGGGGGGCAGGGGGCUGGCCGGCUGCGGGCACCUCCUGGUCUCGCUGCUGGGGCUGCUGCUGCUGCUGGCGCGCUCCGGCACCCGGGCGCUGGUCUGCCUGCCCUGCGACGAGUCCAAGUGCGAGGAGCCCAGGAGCUGCCCCGGGAGCAUCGUGCAGGGCGUCUGCGGCUGCUGCUACAUGUGCGCCCGCCAGAGGAACGAGAGCUGCGGCGGCGCCUACGGGCUCCACGGAGCCUGUGACCGGGGGCUGCGCUGUGUCAUUCGCCCCCCGCUCAAUGGCGACUCCAUCACCGAGUACGAAGUGGGCGUCUGCGAAGAUGAAAACUGGGAUGACGACCAACUACUUGGUUUUGAACGCUGCAAUGAAAACCUUAUCUCUGGCUGCAAUAUAAUCAACGGCAAAUGUGAGUGUGACACCAUCCGAACCUGCAACAAUCCUUUUGAAUUUCCAAGGAAGGAUAUGUGCCUUUCAGCUCUAAAGAGGAUUGAAGAAGAGAAGCCAGAUUGCUCCAAGGCCCGCUGUGAAGUCCAGUUUUCUCCACGUUGUCCUGAAGAUUCCGUUCUGAUCGAGGGUUACGCUCCUCCUGGGGAGUGCUGCCCCUUACCCAGCCGCUGCGUGUGCGACCCUGCCGGCUGUCUGCGCAAAGUCUGCCAGCCGGGAUACCUGAACAUACUGGUGUCCAAAGCCUCAGGGAAGCCCGGAGAGUGUUGUGACCUCUAUGAGUGCAAACCAGUUUUCAGCGUGGACUGCAGCACUGUGGAAUGCCCCUCCGUUCAGCAGGCCGUGUGCCCCCUGGACAGCUACGAAACUCAAGUUAGACUCACAGCCGAUGGGUGCUGUACUCUGCCAACAAGAUGCGAGUGUCUCUCUGGCUUAUGUGGUUUCCCCGUGUGUGAGGUGGGAUCCACUCCCCGCAUAGUCUCUCGUGGAGAUGGGACACCAGGAAAGUGCUGUGAUGUCUUUGAAUGUGUUAAUGAAACAAAACCAGCUUGUGUGUUCAACAACGUGGAAUAUUAUGAUGGAGAUAUGUUCCGAAUGGACAAUUGUCGAUUCUGUCGAUGCCAAGGGGGUGUUUCCAUCUGCUUCACGGCCCAGUGCGGCGAGCUGAACUGUGAGAGGUACUACGUGCCCGAAGGGGAGUGCUGCCCUGUUUGUGAAGAUCCAGUGUAUCCUCUUAAUAAACCCGCCGGCUGCUAUGCCAAUGGCCAGAUCCGGGCUCACGGAGACCGGUGGAGGGAAGAUGACUGCACCUUCUGCCAGUGCAUCAAUGGAGAGCCCCACUGCGUCGCCACAGCCUGUGGGCAAAGCUGUAUGAACCCCGUCAAAGUGCCUGGGGAGUGCUGCCCCGUGUGCGAAGAGCCAACCUACAUCACCAUUGAUCCACCUGCUUGUGGGGAGCUAACAAACUGCACCCUGACAGAGAAGGACUGCAUUUAUGGCUUCAAACUUGAUCACAGUGGUUGUCGAACUUGUCAGUGCAAAACCAGGGAGGAGCUCUGCAUCAGCCUCAAACGAGGGUGUACCUUGGACUGUCCCUUCGGUUUCCAAACUGAUGCCCACAACUGUGAGAUCUGCCAGUGCCGCCCAAGGCCAAAGAAAUGCAAGCCCGUGAUCUGUGACAAGUACUGUCCAUUUGGAUAUCUGAAGAAUAAGCACGGCUGUGACGUCUGUCGCUGUAAGAAAUGUCCAGAACUCCCAUGCAGUAAAAUCUGUCCUUUGGGUUUUCAGCAGGACAGUCAUGGCUGUCUUAUCUGCAAGUGCAGAGAGGUCCCUGCUUCAGCCGGGCCACCUGUCCUGUCAGGCACAUGUCUGUCCAUGGAUGGCCAUCACCAUAAAAAUGAGGAAAGCUGGCACGAUGGGUGCCGUGAGUGCUACUGUCACAGUGGACGGGAAAUGUGUGCCUUGAUCACCUGCCCGGUGCCUGCCUGUGGUAACCCCACCAUUCAUCCUGGACAGUGCUGCCCUUCAUGUUCAGAUGACUUUGUGGUGCAGAAGCCAGAGCUCAGUACCCCCUCUGUUUGCCACGCACCUGGUGGAGAGUACUUCGUAGAAGGAGAAACCUGGAACAUCGACUCCUGUACCCAGUGCACCUGCCACAGUGGACGGGUGCUGUGUGAGACAGAGGUGUGCCCUCCACUGCUCUGCCAGAACCCCUCACGCACCCAGGACUCCUGCUGCCCGCAGUGUGCAGAUGUACCUCUUCAGCCUUCCUCAUCCCAUAAUGAGAGCGUGCCUAGUUACUGCAAAAAUGAUGAAGGGGAUAUAUUCCUGGCAGCUGAGUCCUGGAAGCCUGACGUUUGUACCAGCUGCAUUUGCAUGGAUAGCGUAAUUAGCUGUUACUCUGAGUCUUGCCCUUCAGUAUCCUGUGAAAGACCUGUUUUGAGAAAAGGCCAGUGUUGUCCCUACUGCAUAGAGGACACAAUCCCGAAGAAGGUGGUGUGCCACUUCAGCGGGAAGGCCUAUGCCGAUGAGGAGCGCUGGGACAUCGACAGCUGCACACACUGCUACUGCCUGCAGGGCCAGACGCUUUGCUCAACUGUCAGCUGCCCCCCUCUGCCCUGUGUUGAGCCCAUCAACGUGGAGGGAAGUUGCUGCCCAAUGUGUCCAGAAAUGUAUGUCCCAGAGCCAACCAACGUACCCAUUGAGAAGACAAAUCAUCGUGGAGAGAUUGACCCGGAGGUCCCUCUGUGGCCCACACCUAGUGAAAAUGACAUUAUCCAUCUCCCUAGGGACAUGAGUCACCUCCAGGUAGAUUACAGAGAUAAUAGCAGGCUGCAUCAAAGCGAAAACUCCUCGCUGGACUCCAUCACUUUGGUCGUGGUUCCCAUCAUCAUCUGCCUGUCUAUUAUAACGUUCCUAUUCAUUAAUCAGAAGAAACAGUGGAUACCACUGCUUUGCUGGUACCGGACACCAACCAAGCCUUCUUCCUUAAAUAAUCAGCUGGUAUCUGUGGACUGCAAGAAAGGAACCCGAGUCCAGGUGGAUAGUUCCCAGAGAAUGCUAAGAAUUGCUGAACCAGACGCAAGAUUCAGUGGCUUCUACAGCAUGCAAAAACAGAACCAUCUACAAGCAGACAAUUUCUACCAAACAGUGUGA